CUGCGCGCGUCUCCUUUGCGCUACGUGGAUUUACUACAAUCGUAGAGCCGCGAUCUCUUUUGUAUUACGUCAAUUCUCUUAUCCAUAGUUUCCCCACUCACGACAAGUGUUUUCAUUUGCUUUGGUCCACGGUAAACGAGCGCCGAGCGAGUAGUAGUGCCGCAUCAGGUAUUGCCGCGUAAGGAUUUUUUUACUAUCACUACUUGACAGCUGCCGACCGCAGCGAGACAGGACAUGAGGACUUUUUCGACCAUCAUUUUUUGCGUCAUCACCAUGAUCGCUGCGGUGCAUGCCAAGCCAACGAUCUACAAAAAGAACCAAGAUAAUGUAUUCGAGCCAGUAAUGGUACCCGUUUCAUCCACGGUAAUUCCAUUGCCUGUAUACAAAGUGGGCUAUGGCUUAGGUUUCGUAUCGAAAGAUAAGAAGGCCCAAUUAUCGUCAUUCAAACCAGAAGGUGGCAUAAAAUUGAUUACAAUCAGCAAAGUACAAGAAAAGAAGAUCUAAUGUAAAUAUUCUAAAUUAUGUCAAGUAAUAUUCGUUGGAUCGCAUCUUCAGAGAACGUUGGAAACCUGUUUUGUUAUUAAUCACACUUACUUAUGCAUCUGUUAUUGUUAAGUUAUCUAAUUAAGCUCUAUACACCAAAAAAAUGGACCUCCAAAUAAAUGUUAAUCUUUAAUUAUUUUAUCAUCGAAAAUAUGUA